UCUAUUGUCCCUUUCGGAUUUUAUUUACUCUUUCCAUUUCUUACACUAGGGAGACAAUAAGUGGUAUUUCUCGAGAGGCCACUCCAUGCAGAGCACUUUGUACGGAGAAGAGUUCUUCUCAGAGCAUUUGGACACCACGUCGCACUCUGGAAACAGUCAUAGUUCGUGCUUUCUUUGUUGUGCGGAGUGGUAGCGUCUUCCUUCCCUCCCACAUCGCUCCUCUUCCAGGAGUUUACCUGUGUUUGGGAUCCACUGUGGUUGCGAGAUAUUUUACAGCCAGCACUACAGGGUUUAUACAGACAACAGGUUUAAUUCACUUCAGUUUAAAAUGUUUUAGGAAAUAAGUUCAAAUCUGAGAAAUCAAGAUGUAGUGAGCCCAGCCAGAAGAAGUUCCAGAACUGUAAAGGGCACGGGAGCCUCAGAUUCUUCAGAGAGAUUUCAGACGACCAGAAGGGCUCCGGAGGCCUUUGUGUCUAUUCAGCUGGAAAAGGUGGGGCUGAGAGAUGCCAUGCUGAGCGCCUUCCUCCUCCGGAAGCAGGCCGUGGGCGACGGGAUGAAGAGCCCAGACACAACCGCGAAGAUCAAGAGGGACGUUAUAAUUGAAUAUUGUCAAAAGUUUAGCCGCCGCAUGUCUCAUUAUGCUCUUCGGGGUCAGAUCAUGGCAUACUGCAAUAGCCUGAGAGCUCUGCUGGAGGAUUUUCCUGUUAUCAAGGAUACCUUCUUCAUGGUGGGACAACCACAAGAAAAGAAGGGGUUGAGGGAUUCCAAAGAGGGCCUCAAGGCUGACCCCAGGAGUUUUCAGCGCCGACCUCGGAGUUUGCUGUCGGCGGACGGACAGAUCUUCCUCAAUUUAUGGUUCAUCCCGCAUCCUUCUGAAGUGCUGCUUAUGUUCAAAGCCCUUCCAGAAAAGAGGAAAGUGCCCUUGUCCAAAGCGCAUGACCGUGGUUCAUGGGCAGCUUUUAGAGCCUUAAAGUUAACUCUGCAGCUGAUAGCCCCUCUCCACGACAUCGUGGCCUACCUUUUCAGCAUUGCUACUCUCGGCAGUUGUCCAGCAUGUUUUGAGCUUCCUCUAAGUCCUAACCCUUUGAGAGGCACCUGGGGAGGAGCUGAGGACAUAGGGGCUGAGCUUCAAGAGCUGCAGAAAAUGCUCGACAGCCUCGAGGACCCCCAGGACCCUGCCCAGGUGGCCCAGGCCCUCCUCCUCCGCAGGGAGGUUCUCUUUCUGCAGUUCGACGGUGCUGUGAGGCACCUCACGCGAAGAGCGUUCUUGGCAGCUAGAAACGUUCCUGCCCACCAGUCUGUCACAGACGGCAUGCACCACGGGUUACCGCCACUGAGCAACUCCCUCAGGAGGAGCAUUUUUGCUUCACAACUCAGCCUGCCACAGCCACUGCAUCCACGGAGCCUGCAGGCAUCUGAACUGUUCCCCUGGAGGGCAUUUCUGGAGGAUGGGGGACCCUUUCCAGUUAUAAGCCACACCCCAGACACCCUUGAGUACAACAUGCAGCUGUGCUUCUGUGGGCUGAGUGACGGCGACCACAAGGUGGCUCAUGGGGAGCUGGUAGUCAUGCAGCUGCUCAUGGAAGAUGUACUUUCAAGUAGCCAUGAUGGAAUCACAGAGGAUUCUCCUGGACGGGAAACCUUACUGGACAAAAAUAGACAGCCGGCUGGGAUCGGAGCGCCUGGGCUCGGAAGUCAGCUCCGGAGCAGCCCCGGGGCCCGCGCCCCUCUGGAAGGCCGGCGCGACCCAGCGAGGGCCCUGGCUCUGCAGAGAUCGUUCCUGCUGCUGUGGAAGCAGCUGGAAGCGCUGAAGGAGCACUGGGGCCGCCUCAAGCUGCGCGCCCCGGACGCCGGCGCGGCCUCGCUGCACGAGCGGCUCUCCGAGCUCUACGCAGCCGACGUUCUCUACCCCAGCAUGAAAGCUCUAGCAAGGCAGAUGGGGAAGGAAGAUGAAUUUGAAGGAUUUGUAAUAAAUAGUCAAUCUGUUCUUCCCCCAAAAGGAGCUUCAGAAAUUGAAAUAAAAACUCAGCAGCUCCAGAAACUUCUGGAAAACAUUGAAAUUCAUAUGAUCCAGGAGGUAUUAAGAAAAGUCCAUAGAGAGAUGACACUGGUUUUAUCAGAAAAGUCCAAGGAGGAAAGUACUCUCCCAACAGACCUUUGGAAACAUCAAGUCAUGAAAGAAAACUUUUCGGUUCCUAGGCCACAAAUAGUUGAAAACUUUAUACAGAGAUUAAUGCAGAGUCAGCAGGAUAGUGGAUCAGAGGUCACUUUCAGGAAAGACCACCUGGAGGCCUGCCUGCUCUCCCUGGGGUGUGACGUGAUGGCCCGAGAGCGCAGCAACUUUGAGACCUACUCCAUGUGCUACGAGCACGUGCUGCAGCACACGAGGCAGAGGCUGCGCCAGAGGGAGCAGGAAUUAGCUGUGCUGCAAAGAAGUCCAGUUCCGCCAGAAGACCGCGCUGGUGAGGUUGCAGAGCUCAGUCAUGAUCUCAUCAUGGAACUCACUGGGCUGAGAGCUCAGCUCACGGAUUUGGAAGAGGAGAAUCUGAAUCUCAAAAAGCAGAUUAGAAAAGAAGUCCAAGAAGAAUAUGAAGCAUUAGUCCAAGCUUUGUUUAUGACCUGUUUGCACAUAAAAGAGAAGCUGGAUGAGAAUCAACUUAAUUUGAUCCAGAACGUGUGUGAGCUCAUCGACGAAGUCAGAACAGAAGGGACUGCCAGUAUGAAAGAGCUAAAGGAAAAAUGGGGUUCAGCCAGGCCUGACAAAGGACUGAAAGAAAACCCAGCCAAAGAGCAGCUGCAGGCCCUGGAGCAGGACAACCGCCGCCUGGCCGCCCUGCUGCGCGCAGUGAGGAGCCUGGGCCGCUGGAGACUGGCUGCGCAGCAGGCUCGCUUCCGGGGCCAGCUGAGCAGGGCGGAGCAGGAAUCUAUUCAAAGUAAAAAAGAAUGUCUGCGCAUCAAACUAAUGGCCGAACAAGAAGCGGGUCUGUUUCGUCAGCAGCUACUGGCCCUCAGGCAGGCCCUGGCCAGCGCUCAGGCUGACAACUCGAGGCUGCGGGAGCAGCAGGAGCAGCAGGCUCAGCUGCUGAAGGAGUCCGAACACAGGGCGACCCAGGAGGCCCUCACCCGGCGGCAGCUGGACGGCAUAAGGACAUGUAGCGUGGAGAAGCUCUUGGAGGACGUGCGGCUCAAGGAAGGGCAACUCCAGCUCCGGACUGAAGAGGCGGAGAGGGCCUCACAGCUGGGCCGGCUGCAGCGGAGGAAGCUAGAGAGAGAGCUCCACCAGCUGAGAAGCCGGCUUGCCCAGGAGCACAGCAUGAAGCUGGACGCCUUCCGGCGGGUGGAAGAGCUACAGAGUCAGCUCAGUCUCCCUGAGCAGCCAUCCGUCCCGAUGAGCUCCCCGCGUGGCCCCGUUUCCCUCAGUUCCCCUUCCACGUUAUCCAGAUACUCCCACCAGCACUUUUUAAAGAGCAAUGUGAUGAGCGGUAAAAUAACAGGAAGGAACCAGAGACCCGAGACCGUGCCUAUUAAAUACCGAAAGAGGACUGACAAAGUUUCCCUACCCAAGGUGGCAAAAAAUGUUCAACUUACAGCUUUUCAAGUCCAAACAGCUCCAUCCACAAUCCCAUUCAAGCUUGACUGGCCUCUAAGGAGCCUCACCAAAGAUCGGCCCUGCUGUGAAAUCUCCCUGCGGAUGGACUCCCUGGCACCUUCUCAGACGGAACUGCCCACUUGGCUCCUUACAGCAGUCUACGUUUCCCCUAACCUGCUUCUCCAAACGUCUCCGAAGUCCUCCUGCACACCAAACUGAAGGCUCAGCCAUCUCAUCUCAGGU